AUGGACACUAAAUUGGAAGGACAAUACCCUCAAAAAGCUGCUUACACUGCUGCAACUCUUGCUUCACAAUGUCUUAACUUAGAGCCUAAAACAAGACCACGAAUGUCUCAAGUUUUGAGUAGUUUAGAAGAGCUACAAGCCUCAAAAGGUGCUUCAAAAGAUCAUCAUAAAAUUGUGUCUAGUCCCGUUGGGAAAUCACCAAUGAGACAAGUGCCACAUCAUCGCCAAAGUCCACGUAAUUUGACACCUUUAGCAUCUCCAUUGCCACAUCAUCGCCAAAGUUUACAUGAUUUUGCGUAUAGUGGUAUGAUAAAUGAAUAUGACAAGAAAACUAUUAUCUUAAGGCGCUCUUUCUUUCUGUUUUUGUUUCCAUUAAGUGAUGUGUGGAUAAAUGAUGUUUAUGCAUUGAGUAAAAUAGAAACAUCUAUAUAUAGUUUACCGGAUUAA